AUGAGCAUUGCCUUUUCCGAUUGGUCCGGUGACUAUCACCUCCUUGGCUCAACAAACUUUACCAACCUUCUUCGCGAGACACCUGGUGUGGAUAUGACAUCCGAGGAUCAUGACUCGCUUGAUCGUCAUACGCUCGAAUUCGAUCACAUUUUGGGAAAGCCUGGGCGACAGGUCGCGACUAGGAUCCGGCGUCCCCAGGUUCUUAAGAUGCCCCGGAACAUCCUCCGGUUGACUUAUCCACAAUCCCCAGGUGCUCCCCGCGUGGAGAUGGGUGGAAUUGUCCGGAUGGUUGAAUAUGCUGAAAGUCUGGAGCGUCUUGGUCAUGAUGUGUAG